UUACAAAGCUUCGAUCAAGACACACCAUGCUACUCAAAUGUCUGGUUUGCAUGCUCAUUUGUAUCACGGUCAUAACAAUAGCUGCACUAUCUGAUUCUUACUCCAGUUCGGCUAUUUUCCAAAUUCACGCCUUCACUUGUGAUCAAGACUUAUUUGAUGAUGCAAAUGAGGGGAGUAGCCUAGAUCUUCUCACAUCUACAUCAUUGUGUCUUUCCUCUCCGAUUGACCUAAAAUGUAUAGGAGUGAGAUGCAACUCCUCCUCAACCAAUUGCAGAAUUAUUCAUAGGCCGAUUGACUCUGUCCAUUGCCUUAGAAAACUUGGAAAUUCUCAGGAAACCCUCUUCUUGAUGGAAAAUGUUAUUAGCCAAAACGCUGCCCUAACCAUGAUUGAUUUGAACAUGGGACGCCUUGUGCCAAUAUCAAAUGCUGAAGCCGUACCCAUUUCAGCUACUCCGAUUUCCUCACAAAGAUUGCAUACACAGUUUGGAAGCGACAUUUUGCUUUGUUCUGAGACGACAAAGGAAUGUCAGGCUUGGACGGCAGAGACCAACCAAUGGAACGCAUUCCCCCCUUUGUCUGAAGAUCAUAUUGAAGGAUCCAUGAGCCUCAUUGGCGAAAAGCCAAUUGUGAUUGGAGGAAAAUUCAAUGGGAUUGACGUAAAUCAUGGAACUGUGGAAAUCUAUGAUAAAAACAAGAAGCAAUGGAUGCUUGGACCUAUUUUAGUUCCCAUCCGUAGGACACAUACGGCAUUAGUUUUGAACGAGACUUCCUUGUUGGUCAUUGGAGGCUAUAACGGCAUGAUUUUGAAUUCCGUCAAAAUUUUGAACAUUAUUGCUAUGGAUUGGAAAGAUCUUGAUGAUCUUCCGAUUGGAACGUACGCUGGGGUGUGUGGCGUCCUCAACUUGAUCUACAUCGUGUGCAUUGGAGGAGAACAACCUGAUGGGGUAACAGGUACUGCAUAUGCUUUGAACAUGUCCUUGAUGAACCCAGAAUGGGAGAGGAAGUCGCUGUUUGAUACCGAAGAACCUAUUAGAGAUGGAUUUAUUUUUCAAUCGGAGGCUCUUAUGUUUUCCAUGACUCUGCGUACAACUAACUCUGGAGCAGCCAGGACAUUAAGACGGAUGAAUUUGACUAUUGACACCCCUGUAUGGGAAGUUAUUGCAACUUAUCCAGAGUCAUCCUUCACGCAUGUGUCCCCCUACAUCACCAACGGUUUCAUAAUUCACCCAUAAUUUGUGCCAGGAAAACAAAGUGUAUUGAACAUAUGGGCGCAAAAUGAUAACUACAGUAAAUGCUUCUUGGAAAAGUGAAAUAAGAAAUAAAGAAAUCCAGAUCAAGCGUAAGUUUUGGCU